AUGCGUUUCCGGUGCUGGGGCCGCUUCAUCUUCUUCUUCUGCUUCUUGGCUGCAGUCAUUGAUUCGAGAGGAGGCCGUCGAGGUGGAAAAGGAAAGGGAAAGAGUAACCUGCAAUUCGCACAGGUUGCCGAGUUCUCACUUGUUCAGACGGUUCUUUCGGAUAAUAGAGUGAGAGAUUCAAAGAGGGAAAAAGGGGGAAAAUGAAUUAUUCUUUCAGAGUGCUCAGAUUAUAACUGGAUCACAUUUCAGUCAGACGUACCGUCUCGGUUAUAAACUGUUGAUUAUUUGCAAAGCUCGCGGGGAGCCUCGACCGACUAUCAAGUGGUACAAAGAAGGAGCCGAGAUACAACCGAAAGCCAGCAUCCAUGUAGGUUUCGUUCCCAAUAACCGCAAAAUUAUUUUUUUUUUCGAUUUUUAGUAUUACGAAAAACCAAUAGAAAAUGACACCAUGUGGAGCAAACUGGAAGUUGGUAAGUGGCGAAAUGUUCAUAGAGCUUAUACAACUUUUUUACUCGUCAGCGACGCUUUCCUUUUUCCAUAACGAAUUUCCCCCAGGUUGCGAUUUUAGAACGCACAGAACCCUGGAAGUAGCACUCGAGAGUGUUUGCACAUCUUUUACGAGUUAGUUGCAAGCUUGUUGGCGGAGAAAAGGAACAUUUGAGGAGAACCGUGGCGAACGAGUGCCAAUGUUUCUUGGUUCCAGAUCCAGCCACAAUGGGAGAUCAAGGCGUCUACGCGUGUGUGGCGAACAAUCCACAUGGAGUAAUGGCCAAGAAUUUCAAGGCAGAAUACACUUAUUGA